CUUUUUCCUUCCCAUUUCUUCUCAGCUAUUUCAUUCUGUGUUGCAACGCGUUUUGCGCAAGAUAAUAUCCAGAAUGUAGUAAUAUGGUUUUCUCUCUCUCUUGUACAUUUAAGCCGCGAAGCGCCUCGUACUCGCAUUGUUUAUGUGUUAACCGGUGGCACUGCGCGCUAAAGUGGCUAAACGGCGCAGAACUAAAGUUGUAGAAAGUUUCAUUAGUGUGUAGGCUACUGUUUUUGCGUAAAUGAUGCUUCGAGCUGAAUGGCGCUUUCCACACAAACUUCGAAAACUUUCCGUAACUGAUGUACGAUAAGAAAACGCGUAGGCAUGGCAACGCGCUGAACGUUACACUUCAUUUUCCACAUACAAAGAGGCGCAGGUUGUUUACAUGACAGUCUACGGAUCUUUACGGGGCUUUUGUCGCUAUUUUGCGGUUUUAUUCGAAGGCAGGUAGCGAAAAGAUGAUGUAUUUCUGUUUCGUUGCGUUCUUCGAGGCGAUGGAGACGUGCAGCAAGUUUCUGAGGAAAACUUUAUGAAUAGCGCAACUGCGUGGACAACUUUCGCACUUAGGUGUGUUUGGGGGGGCUGCAGUUGCACAAAGUUUCUCGUGGCGUGACCAAAGUGGCGUGAUGGAGCUUAUCACUCUCCAAAAACUUUUCGACAGAAGUUCAAGGAAUUUAAAUCACUCUCUUUUAAUCUUCUGAAGAAGGCAUGUGCAUAGAAAUUGUACUUUUUUGUUUUCUUGGCAUGUACAGUAGUCGUUUCCCCCUUAUCUUUUCUUGUUGAUGUUAUUCAUCGAUAGAAACUUUCAUACAGACGACAGGAACACACUUCCAGUGUUCUAGUUAUUUGCAGCAAGUUGUGUGUAUACGUAUGCGUCUGUGUUUAUAUCCUAUACAUUGUUUGGAUUUUGAGUUGUUGCAAGGUUCCUCAGUUCUGCAAACGUGGUAAUGUUUCCAGUUAAUUUGGUUUUACAAUCACUUUCACAUUAGAAUAUCAUUAGUAGGUUUAAGUAGGUGGAAACAAGUAUUUAUCUUCAAACUGAUAAAAUCACCCACACUUCACUUGAAUGUGCUGUACUGAAGCGUAACCUGUAUCUGAUUGUUAUGAUACAAAAUCCCAUGUUGGUUCCAGUAGAUGAGUUGCGCUGUUUCCUGUAAACUGUGAAAGUUGCCACACUCGGGCAGUCUGGAAAUGAUAUGCUCUCUUUUUCUUUCUGAAAUGGUUUGUCGCUAGAAGUUUCUUAAUGACAAAGCCCGUGCAGGCGAGUGCGGCUCAUCAUUUAGAGAAACUUAAAGAAACUCACAACUGUAAACAUAGUUUCAGAUACAGUCAACAGGGAACCUCAGUUCUGUCAUCAUCAGGCGUGUGCAGUUGCAAUCGCUUUAUCUUAACUCUUUUUACAGUUACAUGCCAUUUGUGUUCUUUUCAAGAUUUCAAAAACGUUUCCCCACUUUGUUUUCCGUGCAUGAAAUGCUUCAUUGUCAUUUUGCAUGUAUAACAACCUUGAGAUCAGACGAAAAUUCUCCCAUCUGCUUGAAAUAUUAUUUAAUUCCUCAUGCGUCGUAAACACUUAAAUAUGUGAAUUUGUUCUUGCUAUCCGUUCAGCGGUUUACUAGAUUCAGUUCUCAGUCUACACAGAAGAAUAAGAUCCACAUGAGUUGUCUGAUAAGGCGCGUUUGAAGUGAUUGAAAAGCUUGAGGUGUAUUUGAAAUGUAAAUGACUCCACAUCUGUGAGCUCUUUGGAGAGAGGCAAUAGAUCAGUGCUGUAUAGUCAGGAACUUUACGGCUGACAAAUGAAUUUGGGCCUUGGUGGAGGGAGAAAGCAGCAGUGGGGGUCUUCCAUUUGUUCUUCGUGGCUUCUGAGUUUGCACAACUUCUUUUUGGGCUAACUUCUUGCCGCACUGUGAUUUGCCACUUGUGUCCCUGCGGCAGAUUCAUGUGGCGUUGGUGCCGUUGAAUAAGAAGCCUGUAGAGAAAAUAAAUUGUAGGAGAUUUUUUUUUCUUUUUUAGAAUGACAGAGAUAGAGAAUGGAUCACGCUACCAUAUUAAAUCCAGGUGUUUGCUUGCAAAGAACAUAUUGUGUAUGUAUAUAGUUGAGGACUUUAAAAAAUUAUCUUUUUUUUUUUUACUUUUCUUGGUUGUUAGAAAAUAUAUUUGGACUAGUGUAUAUUUUUAUUCAUUUGUUGCUCAAGACUUAACUCAAACUUUUAAAAACUUAAACUUGAAGAUGUUCAUAUAGCAAAGGAGCACUUAAUAUAAUACCAAAACAGUUUUGUUUUUUUUUGAUAGAUUGAAUACCUUUUUUAAAAGUGAUUGAAUCUUCCUAAAAUGACAUCAUUUUUUUUCUUUAAGUUAUGUUUUGUGCAACGCCACAGUGUUUUUUCCACUCGCUAUAUACCGGCACCAUGCGAGUCUGCAAACUACCAUAGCUGCUAGUGUUUGGAAAUGACGCAUCAGUGACUUUAUAGAAAUUCCUUUUUGUUUUGUUUUUUGUGGUUUGAAAUCUCCAAACAUGGGAGACAGGAAAGUUGAAAUUUUUUUUGUAUCCGCCUGAUGAAAUGUCAAGGUUUACACAGAGACAGCUCCUAAUAAUUGGUAGCCUUAAAAGCUUUUAUAAGAUAUAUUUGAUUUAGCCUGCGUAUGAAUAGCUAGUCUUUUUUCCUCCGGAUUUUCAAGAAUAAAAGAGCCGCGGUUCACAGAGGUCGUCCCUUGUCUCGUCAUAUGCUUUUCAUCCUGUUUUUAGCAGUGUUUUGAAGUCACUAAAUGGCUCUGGAUGUGUGCUAUAGACUUGUUAUGGUGAGUUAUAGCAGAUAUAUUGUAAAGACUUGCCAUCGUCAUGGAUUUUCUCACUAUACUUUCAUGCAAUAUGAAUGGAUUUGAAGAGAAAUAACUAGAAAUGUGCAGUUUUGUGUGAGUGUAGUCACUUGGGGUGGUAUAUGAGAGGAAGUUUUUGUCAUCUGAAUUAAAUCCUUUAAAUAUAAGUGUUUCUUUUGUUCUCUUCCCUUUUUUUUCUCACACCCUGUGUGGGAAAGAAACACAAGGACCUUUGACCUAAGGUGUCUUAGCAACCUCUUUGCUUUAAAAGUAUAGGUUUAGCCUCUACAUAUAUUUAUUAAUGCAUGUCAGAAAUUUAACUCAAGUGUGUUUAACAACUCCUCCAGAUAAGAGACGGUUUGGGUCUCUGACUCUGUCAGAGCUGUUUGACAUCACUUGUUAGGCUAAUUAUGUGGCGUGUAAUAUUUUAGUGGUUAGCGUACAUCUGGUAAAGUUUGCUGACUGAAAACUCUCGUAUUCCCAGUAGAGUGGUAGGUUGCACUGCAAACGAAGAAAAAGAAAUCGAAGUUCCCCUAAAUCUUCAAUCUUACUCAUUGACAAAAACUUGCUUUUUUCUGAGGAAUUAAAAAUAACUGACAUUUGUUUUGAAUAUGCAAGUUACAGUGAUGUGUGAUGAUAAACCUUUUAUUGGUCGGAUGUGUUGACAUUUUGGCUGCAUGUGGUUUUUCAAAGCUAGCGGUUCCCGUUAGGUUAGCUUCUCACAUGAGCCUUCUAUACUAAAAUUGGAACAUUAAUAAACAUUUGUUUGUUUCAGAACAUUCGCCUUGUUAGCCUAGCUUUGUCUCGCAAGCCUCCGUGCUCAGCUUCAUAUCAGAAACUUUCUAAAAGUUUUCAGUCUAGAUCUUCCAGCAGUGCCUACUUCCUCUCCUCCCCAUUCCGACGUGCCGAGUUUAGUGCGUCCGCCGAUCCUCCUGUCCGCCGGCCCCUCUGGAACGUUGAUGAUGAUCGAGAAGAACGGCAUGGUGUGGUCACCCCUCGCACCCAGGAUCAUCUGCACCUGUGAGGUCUUCUGAGAAGAGGAAGUACGGGACGGCGCAUUUCACAAGCAACGCACGUAGAGCGUAGAGAGUAAACUUUGUGAACACUGUGGGGAAAAAAAUGGAAUGAUUCCCAGGCCAGAAUGGAUGUGGAAUAAAGGAUACCUCGGAGCGCUCCUCAGGGAAGGGUCUUUGGAUACUCUGCCAGCUUUGAUAUCUGCCUCCCUGUUGGAUUUGAGUGUGAUAAUGCUAUAACCCAAUGCUUAACAGAGAUAUGGUGCGGAAAAAGAAUCCCCCUUUGAGAAGCUUCGGCGGCGAAGAAGACGAGGGCGAGGCGGUGGCGGCCGAGGCCACGGGCCCAGAGAGCGGGAACGCGGGGAGCCAGGCCUCAGAGCCCGACCGGGCUGUGGGCGAAGAACAGGAGGAACCGUCCUCCCCUGGCCCCAUCAAACCGGACAGGCCUGACUUGCAUUACUCCAGCCACAAUCUGGCAGCAUCCUACUCUAGCCGUGAGGGCACCGACACCGAACCGCUGGACUCUACCGCCUCCCCGACAAACUCUGAUCCAGGUGACUGUGAGGACGAGCGGAACGGUCUCAAGCCCAGCACCCGGUCAAGCGGCGUCAUCGUACAGGGCUGCACCAGUAACGGAGACGAGAGGGACGCCACGCACAGCCCGCUGGCGUUGCUGGGCUCUGACAGCCCCCGUGGUGCGGCUGUCGAAGGCUCUAAAGUCCCUCCUGUUACACUUCAUCCACAGAGGCCCAUUGGGGGAGCGGAGGACGCCCCUAGCCCUCUGGGAGCUGAGACGGGAGCACCUCCUCCCACCUCACCAAAACUACAAGACUUUAAGUGCAACAUUUGUGGCUACGGUUAUUACGGCAAUGACCCCACGGAUCUGAUCAAACACUUUCGUAAGUACCAUUUGGGCCUGCACAACCGGACGCGGCAGGACGCGGAGCUGGACAAUAAGAUUCUGGCACUACAUAACAUGGUGCAGUUCACAGCCCAAACACAGGCCAAAGACUCAGCGCGCCUCCUCGGCCAGUCAGCUCAGAGCGGCUCUGCGGCGGAAGCAGGGUCCCCCAGGUCCUCCGUACUUAAUGGCACCUAUGACGUACAGGUAACGUUAGCCGGCACCUUCAUCGGAAUCGGGAGGAAGACGCAGGACUGUCAGGGCAACACCAAGUACUUCCGCUGCAAGUUCUGCAACUUCACCUACAUGGGAAGCUCCUCUGUAGACCUCGAGCAGCAUUUCCUGGCCACCCACCCCAACAAGAUGAAGAGUCCACCUCCGUCCAAUCCUAACCUGGAGGAGAAGUCCUCAACUGAACGGAAGGGGAACUGCGUACCACGCAUUGGGGCGGAUGAGCAAGGGAAGUGGGCCGAUCGGGUGGCGGUGAGGGCUGAAGAUGACUCUGUGGCUGGGUACUCUGUACCAAUCAGGGCGUCAGACUCCCCUAGCCACACUGGAGGUGAUGCCCCUGCAGCGUAUUAUUGGUGCAAGUACUGCAGUUUUAGUUGCGAAGCCAGCAGUGCUUCUAGGCUUCUGGAGCACUAUGAGAAGAGACACGGCCAGGCGGCCAUCAGGGAGGGAAGUCCAGGAGAACGGGACAGAAAGGCCCGUGACGGAGACUCCCAGUUACGUAAAAAGGAGAAGACUGGAGCAACGGGCGACCCAGAGACGGUAGUAACCAGUUACAACUGUCAGUUCUGCGACUUCCGUUACUCCAUGACUCACGGUCCGGACGUCAUCGUCGUGGCUCCACUUUUGCAUCACUACCAACGGGCUCACAGCAUUCACAAGUGCACCAUCAAACAUUGCCCCUUCUGUCCCCGUGGGCUCUGCACUCCUGAGAAGCACCUGGGGGAGAUUUCCUAUCCAUUCGCUUGCCGGAAGAGCUCCUGCUCGCACUGUGCUCUACUUCUGCUGCAGCUAACAGCCGGAGGGACCACUACCCCAUCCCCGCCAGCUCCCCGAGCGUCUGUCACCCAUCAGUGUGACCAGUGCCCGUUCACCUCCACUGAUAUUGACUUGCUUCUCUUGCACUAUGACAGCACCCACACCUCACACACCUUACUGGAAGUCAAACCAGAGGAGGAGGGAUCAGGGGACGCAGGGCCAGGGCGGGACCAUCCUGGAGAGUACGCCUGCACUAAGUGCCAUUUCUUCACUGAAGUGGAGGAGGAGAUCUUUCGUCACUACAGGAGAGUUCACGGCUGCUGUCGUUGUCGGCAUUGUAGCUUCACUGCCACGGACACCACGGCGCUGCUGGACCACUUUAACUCCGCCCACUGCCAGGACUCUGCGGAUCCAGCCUCUGCUCCUGCCAACGGCUGCUCUGCCCCUUCAACCCUCCGCAUCAAAGAGGAGAGCAAAGGUGAUAUGAAACUCUAUAGCCUGGUGACUCCGGAGGCCAGCGGGGCCGAGCCGCUUCCAGGCUCAGAGGGCGUGAAGAGUGAGGCCCAGGAUGAGAAGGAGAAAGGCUGGGUUGAAGCGCUGGGCCCUGUGACUGGCGGUGGAGUCCGAGGUGGGGAGCAACACGUGCAGAGCCUGGUGUGGGUGCCCAAAGAACGUGCAGGGGAGAUGCUUAGAGGAAGCCCAGCCCCGUUCCCCCAGGCCACACUGGGGCUGCUGAACGCUGUGGCAGCCGGGGUAAAAGACCAGCAGCAGCAGAAGGGUGCGACCAUGCUUAGAGACUCUUCGGGACUGAUCUUCAGCCUAGGCGCAGACGCUAAGGGCUACCUGCCAGGAACGCCGACGAGCGGUGUGGAGAAAGCCGGGCAGCAGUACCCAACUUCUACUGAGGGCAAAAGCGUGAAGGAAGAGUCUCAGUCGCUCUUAAGGAGACGGCGGGGCUCGGGGGUCUUCUGCGCCAACUGUCUGACCACCAAGACCUCGCUGUGGAGGAAGAAUGCCAACGGCGGCUACGUGUGCAACGCGUGUGGCCUCUAUCAGAAGCUGCACUCGACCCCCAGACCGCUGAACAUCAUCAAGCAAAACAACGGCGAGCAGAUCAUCCGUAGACGGACACGCAAGCGCCUGAAUCCCGACCCCGUACCGUCCGAGCAGGUUGGUUCCAAGCAGCAGCGCGUCAACAGCGAGGAACGUCUCAACGGCAGCCCCUUAGAGAGGAGGACUGAGGAAGCAGGAUCCGAUGGGUCUUUAUCACGUGCCGAGGCUCAAGCCCAGUUGGGAAAAUACGAGGCCUACGGUCCCUCGGGACCCAAAAGUCACCCUAGCCCCCGUUCCACCCACGCGUUCCUCGUCAACCAGACGCUGGAGAUCCAUAAGCGUAUGCCACCCCUGCAUAUGCACAAAAGCCCUGUGGACGGCGGGGCAGAGGGCAACGGGCUCAGCGCAGGAGCACCCCAGGGCGGGGACGGCAAGGGAGGUUCCGAACGGGGCAGCCCUAUUGAGAAGUACAUGCGUCCGUCGAAGCAAGCCAGCUACUCUCCCCCUGGAAGCCCUAUUGAGAAGUACCAGUACCCGUUCUUCAGUCUACCCAUCCUUCACAACGAGCUGCAAAACGAAGCGGACUGGUUGCGCUUCUGGACUAAGUACAAGAUGUCUGUGCCGGGCAACCCGGGCCACUAUUUGAGCCCCGUAGCUGGCCUUCCCAAUCCGUGCCAAAGCUUUGUGCCUUACCCUGCCUUCGGCUUACCGCCUCAUUUCCCCCCACCGACCCCUUCUGGACCCGAAAGCGACACGCCUCUCGAUCUGGCCAUGAAACAUUCCAAACCCAGUCCUACGCCCAACGGGACCCUCGUCGCCAAGGAAAAACGGGCAUCGCCCGUUUGCGAAAGGGAGCGGGAGACGGAACGCUCGGAAGAACCCGAAGAGGACCGCCCAAAUUCGCAAGUCCCCAAACCGGAGAAGGUGGAUCAGGCCACGCAAGAUGAGAUCUCGAGCAAAUGCGCCCACUGUGGCAUUGUCUUCCUGGACGAGGUCCUGUACGCCCUGCACAUGAGUUGCCAUGGUGACGGCGGGCCCUUCCAGUGCAGUAUCUGCCUGCACGCUUGCACCGACAAGUACGAUUUCACAACACACAUCCAGCGAGGCCUCCACCGGGCCGCCCCCGAGGCCAACGCCAACCCCUCUAACCAAUGAGCUUUACAAACCUGCAGUGCGAGCACAACUAGAGCGAGCGCUUGUACGAAUGAAUGCAUUGAACUUCUUUGCUUGAAAUGUGCCAAGACGGAUCAUGGUGCCUAAGCAGCCAAUGCAAGAAACUUCAGUCAGCAUAGCAUUUCUGUGGGAGCUCACACACACACUUCGAACGAACAAAAACUGCUUUCGGUACAUGUAGCUACUCAAUCUAGAUAUAUUUUAUUAGUCCGGAUAUGUAAUUUUCGACAAGGCAGUUCAGCAAGCAAGGUACAUCUACUCCAAUCUAACGCUUCGUUUCUCGUCGUCGUGUGUUUUAUGGAAAGUUCUCUUACCUGGUUCUGAUAAAAAAAAAUGAGGAUGUGUUUCUGCAUGUGUGGCUCGGUGUAGGAAAAUGUGGCAGUCGUCUGUCACUAUGGCAACAGCAUAAAUGACUGCCGUCCUCAAACAAACAUCCAGCAUCCUCAGGGAAUGUGUAUGGCUGAAUAGACAACAUUAGUUUAUAGUCUGUCUCUAGUUAACAUUAUACUAAAUGUCUUAUGGUUUUGUUUGUUCUUGUGUUAUAGUUAUAGGGUUAAGAAACUCAAGUCACAGAAUUCCAUCAAACUUUUUUCAAAGCUGCUGCCUUAGUUGCUGGGAUGCAAUUCUCUACUUUAGAAUUUGGGAAGGAAUAAAAAAAAAUAUUUUUUUCUAGGUUGUUAAUAGUAAAAUCGUAUUAUCAGUGCCUGAUAUAUUGUACAAAGUAUUUUCUACAUGAGAUAUGUUGAUAUGCAACAUUGAACUCGCAUCUGAAUAAGAGCCUCGAGUUUGGCUCUGACAAACGUUUACAUUUGCAAAUGUAGCAAACGACGUAAUGAAGCAACACCUGAACUUACUUUCUUUUUUUUUUUUCUUUUUUUUUCACAAAAACAGUAAGACGAUUACAUUUCCUUUCCUCCAAAGGUGGAAUAUUAAACAAAAGUACUAAUUUUGUUUUUUUCUAUUUUUAGUCUUUGGCCACAAAAGGGCACUAUUCAUUCCAUUUUCUGUUGCCUCUCCUUAUGUACUUGUGCUUUGUAGUUGAUGAAGAAGCUUGUAUUGGACUGAAGUCUUCCUGUAUUUUUCUCCUGCUCUUCUGAAACCGAACAUUCAAGGGAAACUGAUGAGUCUGCGCUUUAUUUGGACACUCUACGGGAGCCAGUGCUCUAUAAUAUAAAUAUGAUAACUUUCUGCCAGUCUAAAUUCAUUCUGUUCCGCCUUUAAUUCUAAAGAGCAGUUGAAAACACCUUUGACUUGUUUUUUAACCAUUUUAUUCAGUGUACUGUUGACGAAACGUAAUAACUGCAGGUGUUUCUGGUGCCUUUCGAUGGCAGUUGUCUCAAAGAGGCAUAACAUUGUUAUUUAUAUUGUUGUUUCACCCAGCUGUACUUUGGUUUUUAUGCUCCUUUUGCUAUUUUUAGCACGUGGAGUGGACUACCUGAGCGACUGAAAAUGUGUUUUUAUUAAUGAGCUCAGAAAUGAUCCAAACACACUUUAUCAAGUCAAGCGCUUGAUAUAUAUAUAUUUUAAAAGCUGUUGAUGCAUCUUCAGAGUUUUCCAUUUUAUUUGAAUAGGAAAACGAAAUUUUAAACUCCCAGAUUCUGUUUUUGUUUGCUAGCAAACAAACAGUUUUUUGUUGUUUUUGUUGUUGUGCUCCCUCUCCACACUUGCUCCUUUUCAUGGUCACAGGUUCAGAGUUGGGUCUGGUCUGACUUCUUACAGACUGUCUUACAGACAUUAUUUAUAUGAACUGGGGAGAAGGGGGAGAGAUUGAGGCUCGAAAUGUCUGAUUUGCUCUCUCUCGGUUUCUCCGGAAUAGCCUUACAACGCUGCUUAACUGCAAAUGCCUCUUAAAAAAUAACUGAAAUCAUUAUAGACCGUCGCUUUUCAACAAACCAUUUAUACAGUUGGGUAUUAAAUAACAUAAGAUUCUUUAUUUUUAUUUUGUCUAAAUUUCAUUUUAAUUUGAAAAUGUUAAUGCUUGCACUUCAGUUACUCUAUUGCAAAAGAUGAAAGAUGAAAUGUGUUAUUAGCAUGCUAAGUACAGGUACUGCAUUAUAAUAAAUGAAAGAGAACUUGCCUAUGUUUGAAGGCCUUAGCAAUAUUGAAACACAAGGAGUAUUUGAUGGAGCCUGGAAGCUUGUUUGGCCAAGGUCAAGGCAAAGGGCAUAAAUAUGUAAAUGUUUUAACCAUUAUUCUUAGAAUGUUGUUUUUACACUUGCUGCAUUUAAAGUGCAUAGAUGAUGAUUUUAGGAUUUUCUUUUUUUUUUCAGCUGCCACCUUAACUUUUAUUUUUAUUAUUAUUUUUUCUUUCUUUUUUGUGUGGUAGGUUUUUACAUGCAAAAAAGGUUCAAUAAAGAUGGCAAAGAUGUCUGUUACAUCUAAACUUGAAUAAUAAUGAUGAUGACGAUGAUAAUAAUAAUGAUAAUAAUAAAAUAAUAAAACAUUUUAGCAAUU